AUGGCCGAAUCAAAGCCAGCCGCGGCCAGUGCGAGCACCCUUCUCAACCCAGAGGCAGCCUCAUUCACAAUGCCCCCUGCCGGAGGAGAGCCACGUCUUAACGGAACAACUCAGAGUACUCAGCCGACAACGAUGAAUGGAAAUGAACAAAUCAAAGACUCCAAAAAACCAAAACCCCGGCCUGAGACGGCCCCUCGAACGACCACAGAACAGAACGUCGCGGAAGCAGGAGCAGGAGUAAAAUUAACAGGCGCGCAACUAAAAAAGCAGAAGGCGGCUGAGAAGGCGGCAAGAAGAGCAGAAAAGGUAGCUGAGAAGGGAGCCCAAGCCGUGGCUGAGGCACAAGCCCAACCUGCCACGUCAGGAACCAGGGCGGAAACGCAGCGACGGCCGUCGACGACGAAAAGAGAAAGCGACACAGGUUCGCAUCAUAAACGGACACCGUCUGGCAAGGCUCUGCCUAUCCGAGGCGCGACCCAACAACAGCUGCAACAACCUCCAGGCUCGACGGUUCCGGAGAAGGAGAAGCGUCAGGAACUCAAACGUGUGUCCAUGUUCUCUCACCUGUACCCCAAGGAAAAGAAAGCCACACUUUCGGGCGCCGGUCGAGAAAUACAUCCCGCCGUGAUAUCGCUAGGAUUACAGCUCCGCGACUACGUGAUCUGCGGCGGAAACGCACGUUGUGUUGCUACCUUACUUGCUUUCAAGAAAGUCAUCCAGACAUAUACCACUCCUGCCGGCGUGGCGCUCUCUCGACAUCUACUCACCCACCUCAACCAUCAAAUUGCAUACCUCCGUAAUGCACGACCACUAAGCAUGAGCCAAGGGAAUAGCAUCCGAUGGCUCAAGAACUUGAUCUCCACACAAUCUGUCGACGCGACCGACAGCGAAGCCAAGCAAAGUCUAUGCCGGGCCAUCGACUUGUUCAUUCGUGAGAGGAUCACGCUGGCCGAUGAAGUGAUUGCCCGGGAAGCCGGUGCACGAAUCCAAGACGGAGACGUGAUUCUGACUUACGGGAAGAGCAGUAUCGUGGAGAAAACAUUUCUCACGGCGCAUCAGCAGGGGAAGAGCUUUAGUGUCAUUGUCGUCGACUCGAGACCUAUGUUUGAAGGCAAAAACCACGCACAAAGCCUCAUACGGGCAGGUCUUAAAGUGCAAUACAUCCUCCUGUCUGGUUUGGCCGAUGUCCUUGACAACCAAUCUGAAUCGGUCACCAAAUGUUUCUUAGGUGCCUCGGCGAUGCUAGGGAACGGGAAGCUGCUUUCUCGCGCUGGCUCGGCUGUCGUUGCUAUGAUGGCCAAGGAGUCGAACAAGAAUAAAGGCCGAAAUGUUCCCGUUAUUGUCUUAUGCGAGACGGUCAAAUUUACGGCAAAGGCAGCGCUUGACAGUAUCAUCAUGAAUGAACUGGCCGAGCCAGAUGCGUUGGUGGAAGCCCCCGAGGCCGAGAUCUUAUCAUCGACGAAAGCACCUCAGGCAGCCAAUGCGGCAGGAAAGGGCGCCAAUAAAAAGCCGACUCAGCAAAAGGACAAGAAGGAUGACGAUGACGGGGAUGAAAAGAGCAGCUCGUCGAGUCCUCGAGGGUUGGAGGACUGGAAAGAUCAACCGAAUCUGUUUCUACUAAAUCUCAUGUAUGAUGUAACACCGGCGGAGUUUCUCGACCUCGUGGUUUGUGAGUUGGGCAGUUUGCCGCCUCGGGCGGUGCCGGUGGUGAAUGGUGUGCAUGGGGACGACCAAGCAUUGGCAUGA